AUGCACAAUGUUCCUGAUGAAGACGUGCCAGUCAACAAAACCACCAGCUUCAAUGGCACUCUAGCUCGAUUCUUGCACCCAAGCAGUUCUUCUGCGCCUGAAUCCCCAAGCAAACUAACCAGUCCUGAUGAAUCAGAGCUCGAACUAGCAACAGACACACCCAAUGUGACCCGAAACACCACUGCAAGUCCCAAGCUCCCCACGACCCAGCGGACCUCGACAAUCAAAUCAAGCACAUCAACACGACUUACCCGCUCCAGCUCCAGUCCUUCAACCACAUCCCCAAGACGACGUAAACGAAAACCCAUCAGCCCAUUCGACACCCCACCCGCCUCAUCAUCCCUCCUCCGCGACUCAAUCCCUCCAAAUCUGAUCCUCCUUCUAAUAGGCCUUAACCCAGGCCUCACGACCGCAAGAACAGGCUUCUCUUACUCCCACCCCUCGAACCGCUUCUGGCAUCUCCUCCAUUCUUCCGGAAUAACCAGCAUUCGCCAUCCACCCUCAGACACAUACAGGCUUCCAGAACUAUACAGUGUGGGCAACACGAACAUCGUGGCACGGCCUACGCGAGACGCAAGCAUGCUCACAAAAGCUGAGAUGGAUGAGGGCGUGCCCAUUCUGGAAGCGAAGAUUGCGGCUCAAAGGCCCGAGGCCGUCUGCCUCGUUGGCAAGAGUAUCUGGGAGGCUGUUUGGAGGGUGCGGCAUGGAAGGGGGAUUCGGAAGGAGGAGUUUACGUAUGGGUGGCAGCGGGAGAGUGAGAAUAUGGGGUGUUUACCUGGGGUUUGGGGUGGGGCGCCAGUUUUUGUGGCGACGACUACUAGUGGGCUUGCGGCUUCGAUGAGUAUUGCGGAGAAGGAGGCUAUUUGGGCGGAGCUUGGGAAGUGGGUCGUGAAAAGGAGGGAGGAGAGGGAGAAGGGGGUGGAAGUCGGUGAUGCUGCUAUUUAG